AUGUACAGUUCCGAUCAUUCGGCGCCAGGUAGAAUCUCGUACUCAUCGACGGCCAUAGGGAUCUGUCAUCCCGCGUUGAUCACGCCCACACUAUCCAUCUCCCUUGCAGAGUCGACUGUGGGAGGUUCACGUCUUCCAUCUCCAAGAACCACAGCUUGA